AUUGAAGGGCUUACAUCGGUUUCUACGUGAGGGCAAUUAAAUUAAAUUUCAUCAAUUGAAUGAAACGAAACAAAAUAAUUGAAACGAAAACAUUGAGUUGAACGAUUAACCGGAGCUGACGCCUUACCUCGUUCACAGACGUUCUGAUUUUUCUCGAGUUCAGAGGGUUCCACAGAUCUUGAAAGAUGAAAAAGGUAAUUGUGGAUUGCGAUGCUGGAUAUGAUGAUGCGAUUGCUCUGAUUAUGCUGAUAGCAGCUCACAAAAGGAAGCAAUUGGAGAUAAAAGCUGUGACGUGUGUCAACGGGAAUACAAAACUCGACAACGUCGUGAAGAACGUCUUCAGGAUCCUCAAAACUUGCAACGCACUUGACAUCCCAGUGUACAAAGGGGCACGUUCUGCUCUAGUCGUCGUUGAGAGUUCCAAAAAGGCUGAGGAAAUUCUUUACCACGGAGAUGAUGGCUUUGGAGAUGUUUUUUCGGAUGAUGUAGACAUCAGCAAACUCCAGUCAGAUCAUGCUGUCAUUGGUCUCCAUGAAAUAAUAACUAAAAAUCCCAAUGAAAUUUCUCUGGUUUGUUUGGGUCCAUUAACAAAUAUCGCACUUGCAAUGAAAGUUUAUCCUGAGAUCCUUGAUAUUAUUAAAGAUUUCUACGUAAUGGGGGGUAACUCGACUGCUGUUGGAAAUGCCUCGGCCCAGGCUGAAUUUAAUUUCUAUGCAGAUUGUGAGAGUGUUCACAUCGUCCUAGGCAGUAAUAUCAAACCCCUGUGGCUACUUCCAUGGGAAUCCUGCACUAAAUCCACUAUAACUCACGAGUGGAGGGACAACAUCCUCGGAAAGGAGUCCUCCGAGCCAGUAGAAAUGCUCAACAAAAUAGAAGGUGGAAUUUAUUCCAGACGAGUGAAGAAGAGCACCUACAGACCAUGUGAUGCCUUCCUGGCAGCUUGCCUAAUAAAUCCAGAACUAAUUACCAAACAAACAGAUUAUCACGCUGAUAUCGAGCUCGCAGGUACAAAGACACGAGGACAAGUCGUAUUGGAUCAUCUCCAAAAUAACAAGCCAAAUGUCCACUUGAUUGAGGAGUUAGAUUUUCAAAAAUAUGAGGAGUUGAUGUACUCUUCCUUCACAUUUUCAUUCUGAAUUAAUUUUUUUAUUGAGAUACCUUUAAGUAAGUAGAGAGGA